GUACGGAAGGCUUGGGAUUUAGCAUUACUUCAAGAGAUGUCCCAAUUGGUGGCUCUGCUCCAAUUUAUGUGAAAAACAUCCUUCCGAGAGGUGCAGCUAUUCAAGAUGGGAGACUAAAAGCUGGAGACCGAUUAAUUGAGGUAAAUGGAGUUGAUUUAACAGGCAAAACUCAAGAAGAAGUUGUGUCCUUGCUGCGAAGUACCAAGAUGGGAGGGACUGUUGGCCUUUUGAUUUUUCGACAGGAAGAAACAUUCCAUCCAAGGGAACUGAAUGCAGAACAAAGCCAGUCACAAAUUCCAAAGGAAACGAAAGCAGAAGAAGAAGAGCUUGUCCUCACACCUGAUGGCACCCGGGAAUUCCUGACAUUUGAAGUUCCACUGAAUGACUCUGGCUCAGCUGGGCUUGGUGUGAGUGUCAAAGGUAACCGGUCAAAAGAAAACCACGCCGAUUUAGGAAUCUUCGUCAAGUCCAUUAUUAAUGGUGGAGCAGCAUCUAAGGAUGGCAGGCUUCGAGUGAACGAUCAACUCAUAGCAGUUAAUGGAGAAUCAUUAUUGGGAAAAACAAAUCAAGAUGCUAUGGAAACAUUAAGGAGGUCCAUGUCCACUGAAGGAAACAAACGGGGAAUGAUUCAGCUUAUUGUGGCGAGGCGAAUAAGUAAAUGCAAUGAGUUGGAAUCACCUGGGAGCCCCUCCGGGCCAGAGCUGCCCAUAGAGACUCUGCUGGAUGACCGGGAGCGGAGGAUUUCCCACUCCCUCUACAGCGGCAUUGAGGGUCUCAGCGAAUCGCCCACAAAGAACGUGGCGUUGAGUAGGAUAAUGGGUAAAUAUCAGCUGUCUCCAACGGUGAACAUGCCUCAAGAUGACACUGUCAUUAUUGAAGAUGACAGGCUGUCAGUCCUUCCUCCUCAUCUAUCUGACCAGUCAUCAUCCAGCUCCCAUGAUGAUGUUGGGUUUGGCACUGUUGAUACUGGUGGAUGGGCUAAAGCUGCAAUUAGUGAGUCAACAGACUGCACUCUUAGUCCAGAUGUUGAUCCAGUGCUUGCCUUCCAGCGAGAGGGUUUUGGACGCCAGAGCAUGUCAGAAAAGCGUACAAAGCAAUUUUCAGAUGCCAGUCAGUUGGAGUUUGUUAAAACACGAAAAUCCAAAAGCAUGGAUCUAGUAGCUGACGAGACUAAGCUCAGUACAAUGGAUGACCAGAAAACAGGUUCCCCAACCAGAGAUGUGGGGCCUUCGUUAGGUCUGAAGAAAUCCAGCUCAUUAGAAAGCCUGCAGACAGCCGUUGCUGAGGUGACUCUGAAUGGUGACAUUCCCUUCCACCGUCCGCGCCCACGAAUUAUCCGAGGACGAGGCUGCAACGAAAGCUUCAGAGCUGCCAUAGACAAAUCCUAUGAUAAACCUGUAGCAGAUGAUGAUGAUGAAGGCAUGGAAACUUUGGAGGAAGACACAGAGGAGAGCUCAAGAUCUGGUAGAGAAUCUGUGUCCACAGCAAGCGACCAGCCAUCCCACUCAUUGGAGAGACAAAUGAAUGGAAGCCAGGAUAAAGGUGACAGAAAAAAAGCUGGAAAGGAAAAGAAGAAAGAUCGAGACAAAGAGAAGGAUAAAAUUAAGGCAAAGAAAGGAAUGCUGAAAGGCUUAGGAGACAUGUUCAGGUUUGGCAAACAUCGCAAAGAUGACAAGAGUGAGAAAACUGGUAAAAUAAAAGUGCAGGAAGCUCUUACUUCAGAAGAGGAGAGAAUACGAAUGAAGCAAGAACAGGAGAGAAUUCAAGCAAAAACUCGAGAAUUUCGGGAGAGACAAGCUCGAGAACGUGACUAUGCAGAAAUACAGGACUUUAACCGGACGUUUGGCUGUGAUGCAGAUCCAAUGUAUGCUGGGAUCACUUCCUAUGACUCUUCUUCAAAUAGUGGCACGAUAACACUGAACACCCGACCACAGAGCCCGAGGGAAGGACAGACGGUGGAAGCCUUGUACGCGCAAGUGAAGAAACCACGGAAUUCAAAGUCUUCACCUGUAGACAGCAACAGGUCGACCCCUAACAAUCAUGACCGGAUACAGCGCCUGAGACAAGAGUUUCAACAAGCAAAGCAAGACGAGGAUGUGGAGGACAGGAGACGUACUUACAGUUUUGAGCAGCCGUGGCCAAGCACCAAGACGUACUCGCAGAGUGGUAGGCACUCCGUGUCAGUAGAGGUUCAAAUGCAGCGGCAGCGGCAGGAAGAAAGAGAGAGUUUCCAGCAAGCUCAGCGGCAGUACAGCUCAUUACCCAGGCAAAGCAGAAAAAAUGCCAGUUCUGUAUCUCAAGACUCCUGGGAGCAGAGCUAUUCCCCUGGAGAAGGCUUCCAGACUGCAAAGGAAAAUCCCAGAUAUUCCAGCUACCAGGGAUCGAGGAAUGGCUACAUGGGGGGACAUGGCUUUAAUGCCAGGGUAAUGCUAGAAACACAAGAACUGCUCCGUCAAGAGCAGAGGCGGAAAGAACAACAACUGAAAAAAAAAACUUCUUCUGAAGGGCCUAGCAACUAUGACUCAUAUAAGAAAAUUCAGGACCCUAAUUAUACCCCUCCUAAAGGUCCUUUCAGACAAGAUGUACCGCCUUCACCAUCUCAGGUAGCGAGGCUGAACAGAUUGCAAACACCAGAAAAGGGAAGACCGUUUUAUUCUUGAGGUGAAGAAAAUGAAGAACAACUUACCAUGCAAUAAGGAACAUUUUCAUAUAAAGACUUAUAUUUUGAAAACUUUUUAAACUGAUGGUACUAAGGAAUAUAUCCAUUGUCUAUUUCAGUGCCUUUGAAAAUAUGGGCAAAGCGCUGGUGGGCCUUAUGUCUUUGCUAUUCUGUCUCAAGUGUUAAAUUCAUGGAAGGACCUUCCACCAUUUGACAAUCAUAGCAGAAAUGUGCUCCUGCGUUCUGAGUCCUGUAGCCCAGUCCAGUAGCUUUUUGCUAGAUUUGUUGUAAUGUCUUUUACUUUGCAGUGACUUAUUACACCAACAUGAAGCUUUAUGGCAUAAAAUGAAUGAAUUUGAGGUUGAAGGAAGCAUUGACAUGUCCUUUCUUUAUUUCUCUUGGUUCAGGAACAGCAUUACACAUUGCUUUUGAGUGGAUAAGGCUUAGCACUACUCUGGAUCGCAGUCAGAGUUCUUAUAUGUUAUAUGGUGGAGUCAUUACCAGUCUUUGUUGAUUAAUAUUUAAGUGUCUAUAUGCUAAAAAACUAUCCUUCUCCUAUUAUGCACAUAUGCACUGUUUUUCUCUCUCUCUCUCCCAACUCUGAGCUUAUUAAAAAAGCCUUUACCCUGACUCAUGAGGAAAACAAUAUUAAGCUUUCAGUUAUCCUGAGCAUCCUGUUACAAUUGCCUUAUAAUCUUAAUACACAGUCCAUUACAAAUGAAAUAAUUAGAGAGAGAUUAUUUAUACAGUCACAAACAAACCAAGCAUAUUUUACUAUUUUGUUAAAGAUGGGAAAUUUUGAAAAAACAUACAACCGAGUUCUGCUUUGCUUUGCUUUGCUUCUAAAUUAGUUUGGUCAUAAGACACUUGUAUCUAGGAAGAGAACAAGGGAGGGUAUCAUCCCACGGUCAUCUGGUAUACAGUUGUCCUUGAGCAAAUUUUGGAGAUACCUUAAAGCAAGAGCAAAGAAAUCAAAGUUUUUCUUUGGAUCAAAACACUGUAAAGAAAAGAAUUACUUCUUAUAAUUUGUGAAGCUUUGUGGACAAUUUUCUUUGUGCUUCCAUAUACUGUAUUGUUUCAUUGUGAUGCCACAUUUAAAACAAAUCUUUAAGUAUAUGAAUGAGAGAUAAGUGGAGACAAACUGUUACACAUCAUCCUGAAAACACGUCAGUAUCAAAAAAAACUAAAGCAAAAGAGAUUGCUCCAGCAGUCAGUAAUAUUUGAAUGUGCAUAUGGGAUAUGAGAAUUUCCUUUGAAGCAGCUGUUUUUAUGUUUGUUGGUCUUAACUUCAUGCAUUGUAAAAAAUAUAGCUGGGUUGCUGAAGUGCCUGCAAAUCCUGAUGUGAAAAGGCUUGAGAAUGGAUCUCAGCAUAUUGUGUACAAAAAGGAAAGAGAGAAAGCAAGAAAAAAAAUCAUGUAUUGCGUGAUU